GUUUGAACAAUGUUACUGUUGUUAAAAAAAAUUUGAAUUUUCAGUGCUCUUUGUAUCCGUUUUAAGGGGUACCUCUGUUUUUAUAUUUUUUAUUCAGCACUAUCGAGAGUUUCGAUAAUCGUUUUUUCUGGUCGAUUGUAUAUAGACGUCAGACUAGCUGUCUUGAAUUCGCGCGUAGCUGCGUGUUAUGGCAGGUUUGUUAUAAACGAACCGUCAAUGCUCGGUUGCCUGUCGCAACUCGUUAUGGUCUUUAUUGCGUCAUUUUGUUAAAAUUGUACCUCAUUAUAAUAUUGCUAUUGUAUCCGGUGAACUAUAUUCAUUACGAACAGCUUUUACUACAAUUUUGGUUGUCGGCGGUUUUUCACGUUUCAGAUAUGGUCUAUACUCUAAAAAGAAAAAUGAGCAAUAUGACUACUAAUAAUACUGAAAUUAUCGAUCUCAAUGAUGAAGAUGCAGACGUUACUUGGGGUGGCAAAAGGACUCGAUAUGUAUAUAACUAUACUUUGCAAAGUAACAAUUUAAUUACUGAUACUGAUGAUUCAGAUGUCACAGAAAGUGUACACAGUAUUCAAUCAAAAACUACAAUGGAAGCAAUUAGUGAAGCGGAUCUUUCAACAGAUAAAAGUUGUGCUAGCGAUUGUGAAUGUGCUGAUCAGACCGAAUUUGAUGUGGUCAGCACUUCAUCAUCUUGUCUGAUGAAUAUAGAAUCAAAUACUUCAGAUUCUUCAACGUUAAUAGAUUUUAAGAUAACCAAAAAUAUUAUAAAUUGUGAUAAAAUUGAUACAGAAAAUGGAUACUUGCCAGACGAUACCGACGUUCAAGUAACUAGUUCUAAAACACAUUUGCCUCCACCAGCUUGUUUCAAAACAUGCUUACAAUGUAGGAAGGAAAAUCCUAAUCCUUAUUUCCAAUAUUGUUUUGUUUGUUUUAGAUAUAGAAUGGAUUUUUUUGGAACUAAGCCUCGUUCAAAAACAAAAAAUGUCAAACGCUUAAAUGUGUCUAAGCCUACAAAAGACAGCAACUUUUUUCAAGAUUUUCAAAAAUCCAAUCAAUCAAAUUCUCUACAAGGUGAUUCAACUCAGACGAAAAAUGUUGUAAACAAUAUUACUCCAAUGAAUGAAAAUAUUAAUAAUAUAUGUAACAUAUGUUAUGUUAUGCCUAAAAACGGUGUUUUUAAUCAUGGUAAAAUUGGUCAUAUUUAUUGUUGCUAUUCGUGUGCUAAAAAAUUGUGGAAGAAAUCUAACAAAUGUCCUUUAUGUAAUGUUAAAAUUAAAUUUGUGACAAAAAUGAUAAUUGUCUAAAAAUUUAUAGUUUUUUUAAAUAUUGUAAAGUUC